AUGCUAUCAGCUGCAGCAGCAGCAGCAGCCAUAGCAGCAGCAGCAGCAGCAGCAGCAGCAGCAGCAGCAGCAGCAGCAGCAGCAGCAGCAGCAGCAGCAGCAGCAGCAGCAGCAGCAGCAGCAGCAGCAGCAGCAGCAGCAGCAGCAGCAGCAGCAGCAGCAGCAGCAGCAGCAGCAGCAGCAGCAGCAGCAGCAGCAGCAGCAGCAGCAGCAGCAGCAGCAGCAGCAGCAGCAGCAGCAGCAGCAGCAGCAGCAGCAGCAGCAGCAGCAGCAGCAGCAGCAGCGGCAGCGGCGGCGGCGGCGGCAGCAGCAGCAGCAACAGCAGAUACUGCCCCCGACCCUUGUCACUACCCCCCGUCGGUUCCCGCGUCUCCCCAGGUAGCAGUGUCUGGUCCAGUUGCUGCGUCUUGCUCCUGCCGGCCUUCCACGAGUCUUGCCGUCGCUAUCGCCUUCGCUUGCCCCAUCCUGCGGUCCCUGCGUCGAGGGUAA